GAUAUUUUUGUUUUUCUUCAGGUUGUGCCAAGGAAGAAACCAAGAAAAAGCUUUUUCAAUCCUAGCAUGGCAAAUGAAGAAGAUGAUCCCAUUAUACAAGAGAUUGACGUGUUCCUGGCCAGAAGUCUACUGGAAAAGCUGUACCUCUUUCAGUAUCCAAUUCGUCCAGCUUCCAUGACAUACGAUGAUGUGACACAUUUAUCAGCAAAAAUAAAACCAAAGCAGCAAAAGGUUGAACUGGAAAUGGCUAUUGAUACUUUGAAUCCUAACUACUGUCGCAGCAAAGGAGAACAGAUUGCUCUCAAUGUAGAUGGUACCUGUACAGAUGAAACAAGUACCUAUUCCUCGAAGCUGAUGGACAAGCAAACUUUCUGCUCAUCACAAGCUGCAAGUAACGUUUCCCGCUAUGCGGCUGCUGUUUAUAAAAAAGGUGAACUUCACCUGACUCCACUACAUGGAAUUCUUCAGUUGAGGCCAAGUUUCACUUACUUGGACAAAGCUGAUGCAAAACACCGAGAAAGAGAAGCUGCUAAUGAAGGUGGUGAUUCGUCCCAAGAUGAAGCUGAAGAUGAUGUGAAGCAAAUCACUGUACGAUUCUCCCGCCCUGAGACUGAGCAAGCCCGUCAACGACGUGUUCAGUCCUAUGAAUUCCUGCAGAAGAGACAAGCAGAAGAGCACUGGGUCCAUCUACAUUAUUAUGGCUUCAAGGACAGCCGUUCUGAACAUGAGCGCCAGUAUUUAUUCAGUCAAGGUCAUGGCCUUGCGGAGAACACGGAAUUAAUUAAAUCUCCCAGUGAAUAUUUAAUGAUGCUGAUGCCUCCAAGCGUAGAGGAAGAGAAAGACAAACCCAUGGCUCCAAGCAAUGUGCUUUCCAUGGCCCAGCUGAGAACUUUACCCCUUGCUGAUCAGAUUAAGAUCCUGAUGAAGAAUGUGAAGGUCAUGCCUUUCGCUAACCUGAUGAGUUUGCUGGGCUCUGGGAGUGACUCUACGGCUGUUCUCCGCUGCAUACAGCAGGUGGCAAUGCUGGUCCAGGGAAACUGGGUGGUGAAGAGUGAUGUCCUCUACCCAAAAGAUACUUCUAGCCCACAUAGUGGAGUUCCUGCAGAAGUGCUUUGUAGAGGGAGAGACUUUGUUAUGUGGAAGUUCACGCAGGAUCGCUGGGUUGUGCGAAAGGAAGUGGCGACAGUUACAAAACUUUGUCCAGAAGAUGUAAAAGACUUCUUAGAGCACAUGUCCGUGGCAAGAAUAAACAAGGGCUGGGAGUUCAUGCUCCCUUAUGAUGAAGACUUUGUAAAGAAGCAUCCAGAUAUAGUUCAGAGGCAACAUAUGCUGUGGAUGGGCAUUCAGGCCAAAUUAGAAAAGGUCUAUAAUCUCUUAAAGGAGCACAUGACACCAAAGAAGCAAGAGGCACAAUCAGCUCGUCCAUUGCUGGUUUCUGGGGAGCAAAGAGUCAAUAUGGCUAAAGCAAAAGUCAAGCAGAACUAUGGGCAGCUGGAGAAGGAGUUCCAGAAGCAAAAGGCAGAGAUGAAAUCAAAUGACACCUCAGACAAGAUGGAUGUUUCCAGCAUCCGCAUUAAAGAGGAGCCUGUGAGUGACGAGGAGCCCAUGGACACCUCAGCCUACGAGGGCCUGAACAACGGCCUUGUCAAUGGCCUCCACAUGGAGGACAACUCCACGGACCCUUUAAACGGCCACUUGCCUGGAGGCUGCAUUGAUCGGGUGGCCCAAGAACUGAAGGCAUUUGUGUCGUCAACAUUUAAGAAACAAUUUGUGCUCACCCUGAGCGAGCUUAAACGGUUAUUUAACCUUCACUUAGCGAGUUUGCCUCCAGGACAUACAUUGUUCAGUGGCAUUUCGGACAAAAUGCUACAGGACAUGGUGUUGGACACUGGCUGCAAACAGAUUUUGGUGCCUUUUCCUCCACAGACUGCUGCUUCGCCAGACGAGCUAAAGGUUUACGCACUUUGGGAAGCUGGUGACACAUACGACCAGCAUCGCCAAGUUUUGCUUGAAAUCUUUUCAAAAAAUUAUCGAGUGCGCAGGAAUGUUAUCCAGAAUCAAUUGAGUCAAGAAUGUGGAGAAGAUCUAAACAAGCAGGAGGUGGAUAGAGUGUUAAAGGACUGCUGCGUAAGCUACGGCGGCAUGUGGUAUCUUAAGGGGACGGUGCAGUCUUGACAACAGUGGUAGGACUGGCUUUACUUCCAAUUAUCUCCAGGACAAAAGAGGAAAUCUGCGGUGGGCGACACAGAGUAAUGCCUGGGCUUCGGGGAGCGCGGGGCAGGGUCUGACCUGCCGGGGUCCCACGGGCAUUGCGGAAAGACAAGUCAUUGACAUCCCAACAUCCUCCCACACGUGUUUGCAUGGCCGCCUCAGUGCAGAGAGCAGCGAGGAAGACAACACG